AUGUCAGCUAUCUGCCACCAUAGCACUGAGAACAGGCUCCAGGGCAUUGGUCACGACAGGCAAGCGCUUUAUCAGCUGAGGCAGCUGGGCCUGCAUGGGUCCCUCACAGACCUUGGAAGCCCCUGGAAGCCUUUUGUUCAGGCAAGGCUGAGACUUUCAGGGCACCGAGGUCUGCAGUGGGCUAGCCUGAGACUCUCAGGGCACCAAGCUUUGCAGCGGGCAAACCUGAGACGCUCAGGGCACCUGACUGGAAGGUGUAUAACUGUCCACUUGUGGCAUUUGAUCAGAUUCCCCCAGGAGUUAACUCCCUACAAUCCCAUGAAUUACAACACUCUACCCUGGAUGUGGACAUUAGAGUCCAUGAACACAUACCGGGGAGCAGAUUCCAAGAACUGGAGACUACUGACUUAUGUCCAGGUUGGUGACAUACUGCAACUGAUCCUGAUGCUGUGGUGUGAAUGA